UUUUUCCUCCACCACCAUGGAUGAACAGUUGCAUUGAACCUCACCCACAAUUCCUUUCCUUUUGUCAUCUAAUGCACUAUGCCAACACUUUAUACUUGGUAUCUUUCUGUAUUUUUUUGCACUCUUUUUCCUUGCUAGCCACCAACUUCUUCAUGCUAUCCAGUUACGGCAUCCUAUAGUCCAUAGUUUGGCUACCAAUCUUGCACUAUUCACUCUUCACAAGGUUAAUCUCAUACCUUUGUUCCAUUUUUUUUACCCCCCCCUACUUUUACUUUUCGACCUACUAGCUUUUCAGCAACUUUCAAUCCAAGAGAAUAAGCAUAUAUUACUAGCUUUUCAACAACUUUCAACCCAAGAGAAUAACUGAAUAAGCAUAUAUUUGCUUCUCUUAGUGCUGUGUGGUUUCACUUUAUUCAUUUAUGUUCUGUUAGUUACUGGGGGUGUCAUGGCUUCUCCAUCAUGCUUCCCUCUUCGUUGGGAGAGCACAGGAAACCAGUGGUGGUAUGCAGCCCCCAUUGAUUGGGCUGCAGCAAAUGGCCUCUAUGAUCUUGUUGCUGAGCUUCUCCACCUUGACACCAACCUCCUCAUCAAGCUCACUUCCCUCCGUAGAAUUCGCCGCCUCGAAGCCGUUUGGGAUGAUGAGGCUAAAUUUGAAGAUGUUGCAAGUUGCCGCUCCAAGGUUGCAAGGAACCUCAUGCUUGAAUGUGAGAACGGAAGAAGGGAACACAAGUACAACUCCCUCAUCCGUGCUGGCUAUGGUGGAUGGCUUCUCUACACUGCAGCCUCAGCAGGGGAUGUGGAAUUUGUGAAGGAAUUGUUGAGGAGAGACCCUUUGCUUGUUUUUGGUGAGGGAGAGUAUGGUGUCACUGACAUACUCUAUGCUGCUGCAAGGAGCAAGAAUUGUGUGGUGUUCAGGCUCUUACUUGAUUCUGCACUCUCUGGGAGUGAAGAACAUCAUGGUGAUGGUGGUGUUUUCAAGAGAGAGAUGGUGAAUAGAGCAAUUCAUGCUGCUGCAAGAGGAGGGAAUUGGGAAAUGCUGAAGGAGCUUGUGGAAAAUGUUUCUGAGAUUUUGUGCUACAGAGAUUCUCAAGGGUGUACUGUCUUGCAUUCAGCAGCUGGCAGAGGCCAAGUUGAGGUAGUGAGAAACUUAAUUGAGUCAUCUGAUAUUAUCAACUCAACUGAUGUACAAGGCAAUACAGCAUUACAUGUGGCUUCUUACAGGGGUUACUUACCUGUGGUAGAGAUUCUGGUUCAAGCAUCACCCUCAUUAGCAUCCCUAACCAAUCAUUAUGGAGAUACUUUUCUUCACAUGGCAGUGGCUGGUUUCAGAAGCCCUGGAUUCCGAAGACUAGACAAGCACACUGAGCUCAUGAACCAAUUGAUUAGUGGAAAGAUUGUGGACAUGCAGGACAUCAUAAAUAUCAAGAACAAUGAUGGAAGAACAGCUCUUCACGUAGCUGUGAUUCAUAACAUCCAAUGUGAAAUAGUGGAAUUACUGAUGUCCAUUCCAUCAAUUGAUUUGAACGUUCGCGAUGCGGAUGGCAUGACCCCCUUGGAUCAUUUGAAGCAGAGGUCGAAAUCAGCAUCAUCUGAAAUCUUGAUCAAGCAGUUGAUUUCAGCCGGUGGCAUCUCUAAUUGUCAGGAUUAUAUAGCAAGAAAUACUCUUGUUACUCAUCUGAAGAAUCAUGGCAUUGUAACAAGUCCUGGCAUUUCAUUCAGGGUACCGGAUGGUGAGAUAUUCUUGUACACAGGCAUUGAGAAAUCCUAUGAUGACAAUUUUGAUCAGGCAAGUGUGGAGUCAAAUUCAUGGUCAAGCAGUGAACCGCAUGAUUACAAGCUAGCUGAUUCUCCACAUUGCAGCAAGUCUAGUCCUAUCAACGAUGCGAAAAGGCGCUUAAAGUUCCUUUUCGGGAGGCCUAGAGGAAGAGAGACUAAAAAGGCAGUAUCAGAAAUUCAAGAUGAUGAUUCUGUAGCUUCUUCUUGCAUUUCAAGUAAAGAGUUGGAAGACAUUCCAAUUCCAUUAAGGCAAAGAUACUCAAAACUGUGUUCCCUUCCAAACAACAAGAGAACAUUACCUAUAAUGACCAAUCUCCCAAGUCCAUCCAGUAGAAGUUAUUUUGCUGCAGGCCUAAUGCAAGGGGUAAUUCAGGUAAAGCCAUAUGUGCCUAUUGCUAAUGCUGCUCAUUCAACUCAUAGUCUUCAAGAACAUAAGGGUGUUGAUAUAGAUUGUUGUACACCACAGUUGAACUUCAGGCAGGGUUCCUUCAAUAAGAAAAUGAUGAAUAAGUAUUUUUCUUUUGGAGCACAAGAGCAGGCUUUUGAGGGUGCAAAUAGCUGCACUAGGACAAAUCUCAGUUCUUUAGUUACAUAAAUGAUAUUCAGCAUGAAUCAUUUUGUCAAAAAGAAUAUAUUCUAGCUCAAGUUGUAAUCAUUUAUGUUUGUUGGAGCUUAUGUAUUGAUGAUAUAACGUGCUCAAUGUUCAACUGUAUUUGAGAAGCCAACUCCAAAUAUGAGUGGGAAUACUAAUAAAUGCUUCUCAAGAUUUACUUGUUGAAACUUGAAA